GUAUGCUGACGUCAUAUUCGGCGCCGGCGCAGAUUCAAUGACGUGAAAUGUGUACAGCCCAUGCAACCGAAAGCGUUAGUACAACGUUACAGCCUUAAGUUUUAUGCAUCUAGUUAGCUAGCUUGACAGCGUGCAUUGCACUCUUUCGGGUUAACGGGCAACGGGGUUCAUUCCAGCUUUCUGGAAUCCGACUUCACUCCACAUCAACCUCAAUUUCAAAGGCAAGUUGCAGGAUGGCUCUUAACAAAUCGAUGCACCCCAGAAAUCGAUACAAGGACAAGCCUCCGGACUUCGCGUACCUGGCUUCCAAGUACCCAGAGUUUCAGCAGCACGUACACACCAACCUCACCGGGCGAGUCGGGUUGAACUUUAAGGACCCGGAGGCGGUGCGGGCUCUCACCUGCACCCUGCUGAAGGAGGAUUUCGGGCUGAGCAUCGAGAUCCCCCUGGAGCGCCUCAUCCCCACCGUCCCGCUCAGGCUGAACUACAUCCACUGGGUGGAGGACCUGAUCGGGGGGCAGGGCGACGGCGGGACCCGGCGGGGCAUCGACAUCGGUACCGGCGCUUCCUGUAUUUACCCUCUGCUGGGCGCCACCAUGAACGGCUGGUUCUUCCUGGCCACUGAGGUGGACGACAUCUGCUUCAACUUCGCCAAGAAGAACGUGGAGAACAACGGCCUGGCUGACCUCAUCAAAGUGGUGAAGGUUCCUCAGAAGACCCUGCUGAUGGAUGCUCUGAAGGAGGAGUCUGCGCUGGUGUACGACUUCUGCAUGUGCAACCCACCCUUCUUCGCCAACCAGCUGGAGGCAAAGGGUGUGAACUCCCGGAACUCUCGGCGCCCCCCGCCCAGCUCGGUGAACACCGGGGGGGUGACGGAGAUCAUGGCCGAGGGGGGGGAGCUGGAGUUUGUGAAGAGGAUCAUUCACGACAGCCUGCAACUGAAAGGGAGACUGCGGUGGUACAGUUGCAUGCUGGGAAAAAAGUGCAGCCUGGCGCCUUUGAAGGAGGAGCUGAGGAAACAUGGGGUACCCAGGGUGACGCACACUGAGUUCUGUCAGGGACGCACAAUGCGCUGGGCUCUGGCCUGGAGCUUCUACGAUGAUGUCGCCGUGCCGUCCCCCCCCUGUAAGAAGCGCAAGCUGGAGAAGGCCCGGAAGCCUCUGACUUUCUCAGUGCUGAAGCCGACAGUGAAGCUGCUCAGAGCCCCAGAGAGCGGCGACCCCGCCCCCUGCCCUGUGGAGCUCAUCACCGCCUGGCUGGAGAAAACCCUCACCGAGCUCAAGGUGCUGCACAAGCGCGUUCCCGGAGAGGAGGAGGCGGAGCUGAGCCUCUUCCUGACGGCGGUGGAGAACUCCUGGGUGCACAUCCGGCAGCGGCGGCGGGACCACGGGAGGCAGCUGCGCGAGCUCCCCAGGGCACCCCCUGCUGGAGGCAACGUCACACUGCACCCGGCCGAAACGCCCCAGCCCACGCAGGACCCCCCGGACCCGGGGUCGCAGGUCACAGACGAGGGGGGGCCGGACUCCCGGGGGGGCGAGGGGCCGGAGGAAGUCCCCGUCGCAGUGGAACAGGAAGCGGAGAGCGGGACGCCCCCCUCCGGCCCCGCCCAGCCCCCCAGCCCGGGCUCGGUGCAGCACUUCCUGUUUAAGUGCCUGCUGAGCGUGCGUGAGGAGGGCGGGUCGGGGGACGUGGGGGUGCAGAUGCACUGGGUGGAGGGGCAGAACCGCGAUCUGAUGAACCAGCUCUGCACCUACCUGAAAAACACACUCCACCGGCUGGCCUCGGCACCCCCUGCACCCCCGCUGGCCUCCCCAUGACCUCCCCUCUGACCUUCCUGUGACCACCAUAUGACCUCCAGUGCUACUUUCCCUUGAGCCUGUGACAGUUUUGUUUUUUUAAAUUGGGACACUCGGUUGUAGUAGAUUUUGCCCCACGGACAGAAUAACCCGCUUGCGCAGGGAAGGAAACUUUUGUUCCAUUUUAAUGAAUUUCUUGUUUAGUAGUGUACAGAGUCCAGAGUCUCAGUGCCGGUCAGCGUGUCUUUAUAUGUGUGUAUCGUGCUACAGUCCGGGCUCUUUUGCCGCGCACUGGUUUUUUAAACAUUGUUUUUUCAUAAGCCCUUUGGUUUGGUUUCUGGUUCCGGUUGGUUUUUGGUUAAUUUCCGGCCUUUUCUGGACAAUAAAGUUCGGUUCGGUUCUGUU